AUGUUAACAGUACCAUUAAUUUCAAAAUCAGGAUUAUGGUAUGCAUUAUAUCAAAAAGGAGAUUCGAAUUUACAACAAGAGAUUUAUGUUGGAUUUUGGGGAGUUUGUAGUUAUGAUCUUGAUGUGAAAACUCAUGAGAUUCAAAAUGAAUCUUGUACUUCAAUCUCAUUAGCUUAUUCAUUUAAACUUUUUAAUCAUCGGUUUGAUGAACAUAAAACACCUAAUCAAACUUCUGGAUUAGAAAUUAAUGCCACUCAAACUACUGUUCUUUUAUGGUAUCCGAUCGUUUCGAUCUUGAUUUUAAUGGGAAUAAGUUUAUCAACUUCAAAUCAACUUAAGAAUAUAAAAAGAAGUUUGAUUUGUUAUUUUAUGUCAAGUUUAAUCACUUUUUCAGUUUAUAGUGGUACAUUUAUGAUCUUUUUAGACUUCAAAAAUCAAUUCUUAAACACUCAACUUUCAACUCAAACUCAAGAUUUAAUUCCAAUCGAAGAACAAAUCUUAUUCUUAACUCAUUUACCUUUACUUUCAGGUUCAUUAUUAUUUGUGAAUUCUUUGAUUGGUUUGAUUAGGUAUAAAAAUUUGAAAACUUUACCAGAUCAGGAAAUUACUAGAGAUGAAGAAAGUAAACUGGCAAGAUUAGGACAUGGUCGUUUUGUUCAUCCUUUUGGACUUCAUCAAUCUAGUACUUUGAAUGAACUUCAAUUCAUAGAUGAAAAAAUCGAAAAAGAAGGAAUCGAUAUUCAAAUCCAUCAUCCAUCAGUUCCUCCGGCUUAUUAUCCUUCGAAAUCAAGUGAAUGA